GGGCCGGGCCGCGGGGCCAUGGGCGAGGGCGGGCGGCCCCCCGCCUUCCAGCUGCUGCUGCGCGCCUGCGACCAGGGCGACACGGACACGGCGCGGCGGCUGCUGGAGCCGGGGGCGGCGGAGCCGGCCGAGCGCGGCGCGGAGCCCGAGGCAGGCGCGGAGCCGGCGGGGCCCGAGGCAGCUCGGCCCGGGACGGCGGCGGCCGCCGGAGCGCCGGUGCCCGUGGACUGCUCGGACGAGGCGGGCAACACAGCGCUGCAGCUGGCGGCGGCCGGGGGCCACGAGCCGCUGGUGCGCGUCCUGCUGCGCCGCGGCGCCUCGGUCAAUGGCCGCAACCACUACGGCUGGAGCGCGCUCAUGCAGGCGGCCCGAUGCGGCCAUGCGAAUGUGGCACACCUCCUCUUGGACCACGGAGCCGAUGUCAAUGCACAGAACCGGCUGGGGGCCAGUGUGCUCACUGUGGCCGCUCGGGGGGGCCACCUGGGUGUGGUGAAGCUGCUGCUUGAGGCUGGUGCCAUUGUGGACCACCAUAGUCCCUCCGGCGAGCAGCCAGGGAUGGGUGGCAGCAGGGACGAGCCGCUGGGCAUUACAGCCUUGAUGGCUGCCACCCAGCAUGGGCACGAGGCCGUGGCACGUCUGCUCAUGGAAUGGGGUGCAGACCCCAAUCACACAGCCCGGACUGUAGGCUGGAGCCCACUGAUGUUGGCAGCCCUCAGUGGGAGGCUUGGCAUGGCCCAACAGCUGGUGGAGAAGGGGGCCAACCCUGACCACCUGAGCAUCCUGGAGAAGACUGCCUUCGAGGUCGCCCUCGACUGCAAGCACAGGGACCUUGCAGACUUCCUUGACCCACUGACCACCGUCAGGCCCAAAACAGAUGAGGAGAAACGGCGCCCUGACAUCUUCCACGCACUGAAGAUGGGAAACUUCCAGCUGGUCAAGGAGAUCGCGGACGAAGACCCCAACCACGUGAACUUGGUCAACGGGGACGGGGCCACCCCGCUGAUGCUGGCCGCUGUCACUGGGCAGCUGCUCCUGGUGCAGCUGCUGGUGGAGCGGCACGCGGACAUUGACAAGCAAGACAGCGUGCACGGCUGGACAGCCCUCAUGCAGGCCACCUACCACGGGAACAAGGAAAUCGUGAAAUUCCUUCUGAACCAAGGGGCUGAUGUCACUCUUCGCGCCAAAAACGGGUACACAGCCUUUGACCUGGUGAUGCUGCUGAAUGAUCCCGACACGGAACUUGUUCGACUGCUGGCAUCUGUCUGCAUGCAGGUGACUAAGGACAAGGGCCGGCCCAGCCACCCUCCGUUCCUGCCCCACUCGAAGGUCAGACAGCCCUGGAGCAUCCCCACUCUGCCUGACGACAAGGGCGGCCUGAAGUCCUGGUGGAACCGAAUGUCCAAUAGGUUCCGCAAGCUCAAACUGAUGCAGACGCUGCCGCGGGGGCUGUCCAGCAACCAGCCUCUGCCUUUCUCUGAUGAGCCUGAGCCUGCACUGGACUCCACCAUGAGGGCUGCUUCCCAGGACAGGACUGGCCGCCCAUGGCCCCCCGAUGCAGCUCCUGUGGCCAAAGACAGUGGUCCUGGGAACCCAAGGGGAGAGAAGGAAGAUGCGUUAUUGACAACCAUGCUGCGGAAUGGAGCCCCCUUCCCCAGACUCCCAAGUGACAAGCUGAAGGCGGUCAUCCCCCCUUUCUUGCCCCCGUCCAGCUUUGAGCUGUGGAGCUCUGACCGAUCUCGGACGAGGCACAACGGGAAGGAUGACCCCCCCAAGACAGUGCUGCCUCAGCGUGGCAGCAGGACCUACCCCGUGGGUGGCGGGGGCACAGACGCCGGCCCAGCCAGGCCGGUCAAGUUUCCCAGCCUGUCCAGAAGCCCGGCCUCCCCCACCAGUUCUGGAAACUUCAACCACUCUCCGCACUCCUCCGGUGGCUCCAGUGGAGCAGGCGGCGUGAGCAGGCACAGCGGAGACUUGCACAACCGCUCAGGUGGAAGCAUAGACAGUGUCCUGUCCCAGAUUGCCGCACAGAGGAAAAAAGCAGCUGGAUUAUCUGAGCAGAAGCCUAGCCAGAGGUCAAGUCCUGUGGGGCCAGCACCGGCCCCCAGCUCAGCCGAGCUUCCAGCCUCCCCUGCCGCUGGCAGUGCUCCCAGCAAGAAACUGGAUGGUAGCCCUCGGCCUCCUUCUGGAACGUCUACCACCUCCAAAAGCACCUCCCCCACGCUCACACCCUCCCCCUCCCCCAAGGGUCACGCGGCAGAGUCCUCCCUGUCCUCCUCCUCCUCCCACCGGCAGUCCAAGAGCAGUGGGGGCUCCAGCAGCGGUACCAUUACGGAUGAGGAUGAACUGACUGGAAUCCUUAAGAAAUUAUCACUUGAGAAGUACCAGCCCAUCUUUGAGGAGCAGGAGGUGGACAUGGAAGCAUUCCUUACACUCACCGACGGCGACCUGCAGGAGCUGGGCAUUAAGACCGACGGCUCCCGACAACAGAUCCUGGCGGCUAUCUCCGAGCUGAACGCAGGCAAGGGGCGUGAGAGACAAAUUCUACAGGAAACAAUUCACAACUUCCACUCUUCCUUUGAGAGCAGCGCCAGCAACACCAGAGCCCCGGGCAACAGGCCCUCCAUGGCCGGAUGGGUGAGGCCAGAAGAAGCCGCUUCCAGCAAGAGGUAACAGCAAACAACUGACAUGGUUCUGUAAGCAUUGGAGCCCUGAAGACACAAGGGCCAGCCAGGGGUCUCCCUGUCCUCCUGUGUGCCAGACAUGGGAUCUUGCAGCAAACGGAGCAGAAAGAAAUCAUGGGAGCUGAUUCAGCAGAGUGGGCAGGAACCCCUUUCAUUUGCUUCUGUCUUGGAGCUACCCAAAGAUGUAUGGGCCAGGCCUUGGGAUGGUGGCUGCAGACAUCUGCCCUGAGCUGGGCUUCCAAGGAAGCCCCACUGCAGGGCCCAGGACCUUCCUGAAAAGGUGGCUUCUGCAGCCCAGAUGAAGGGGGCAUCCAUGGAGUACUCUGCUGUGGCCGUCCCAGUCUGUUUCAAGCAAGUUAACGUCAUCUUGCUAACCAGGGCAUCCUGUUGAACACAGAAGAGACUGGAUGUUCCUCCACCUAAUAAAGUU